UCCGGCGGCGGAGGGAGGGCGGGGGCCGGGCAGAGCCGCCGCGGCCUCGGCAGCAGCUGCAGCCGGAGCUGCCGGAGCAGCGCGGGGGGCCAGGCCCCCGCCAUGGAGAUCGAGAAGGAGUUCCAGCGGCUCGACCAGGCCGCCAGCUGGGCCGCCAUCUACCAGGACAUCAGGCAUGAAGCCAGUGAUUUUCCAUGUAAAGUGGCCAAGCAUCCCAGAAACAAAAAUAGAAAUAGGUACAGAGAUGUCAGCCCCUUUGAUCACAGUCGAAUUAAGCUAAACCAAGGUGACAAUGACUAUAUCAAUGCUAGUUUGAUAAAAAUGGAAGAGGCCCAAAGGAGCUACAUUCUCACCCAGGGACCUUUGCCAAAUACUUGUGGUCACUUUUGGGAGAUGGUUUGGGAACAGAAAAGCCGCGGUGUUGUCAUGUUGAACAGAGUGAUGGAAAAGGGAUCCAUAAAGUGUGCACAGUACUGGCCACGGAAGGAGGAGAAAGAAAUGUUUUUUGAAGACACAAACUUGAAACUCACAUUGAUAUCUGAAGAUAUAAAAUCCUAUUACACAGUACGACAGCUGGAGAUGGAAAACCCGACCAGCCAGGAAACUCGGGAGAUUCUGCACUUUCACUAUACCACGUGGCCUGACUUUGGUGUCCCCGAGUCCCCGGCCUCGUUCCUCAAUUUCCUGUUCAAGGUGCGGGAGUCGGGCUCGCUGAGCCCCGAGCACGGCCCCGUCGUGGUUCACUGCAGCGCCGGCAUCGGCAGGUCCGGCACCUUCUGCCUGGUGGACACCUGUCUGCUCCUGAUGGACAAACGGAAAGAUCCUUCCUCUGUGGACGUCAAGCAGGUUCUCCUGGAAAUGAGGAAGUACAGGAUGGGACUCAUCCAGACCGCAGACCAGCUCCGCUUCUCCUACUUGGCUGUCAUUGAAGGGGCAAAAUUCAUCAUGGGAGAUGCUUCAGUGCAAGAGCAGUGGAAAGAGCUCUCCAACGAGGACCUGGACCCCCCACCUGAGCACCCCCCCCCUCCCCGGCCACCGAAGCGAACCUCGGAGAUGCACAACGGGAGGAUGCACGAACACACGGAAUUCUUUCCCAAAGCCCCGGGAGCAGAGGAGGAGAUCACAUGCUCAGUGAGCACCGUGGAAGAGACGGUCCCAGACGGCAGAGCUCGUUCACCUGCACCGCUGAGCACAGACAGCACUAGUCAAGACACUGAAAUUCGGAGGAGAACUGUUGGUGAAAAUCCGCGUCUCUCACCCCACAAAGAGGAGUCCAAGUCGGAGAACUCGGACGAGGAGGAUGAGAACAUGGUGACAACGUGGAAGCCAUUUCUGGUGAACAUCUGCAUGUUCACUUUCCUCACAGCAGGAGCUUAUCUCUGCUACAGGGUGUGUUUCCACUGAUGGCUGUUCAGCAGGAUGGACCCGCGGGGAACACGCCCGGUCGGGGUUUGUGGGAGCUCCUGUGAGAGGGAGCAGUCCAGGCAGGGGAGCCUUGUCUCAGAGCAGGUAGAUUUAGGGUGAAAGGCCAGAACUUUGGGUAGGGCUUAAAGAGAGAAUUGAUGCACUAGGGUUUUAUCCAGCCCUGUGGUCCCAAGAACAUAAUAUUCUAAUCUCAGGGCCUUAAAAUAUUCAGGAGUAAGCAGAGAAAAUGCCAAAUAGUUGGUUUCCUUUUUUGGUUUCUUUUUUUUGUUUUGUUUUUUUUUUUUUUAAACUAAAUAAUAGAAUUACAACACAUUGUUGUUUUUAGCCUUUUUUAAAAAGCCAGUUCAUUUUCUUUUGUUUCAGAAAAAGUAGGCACAAGUGAAACUUGCUUGUACUCUCCAAGUGUUGUAACCAAAUACAUGACUUACAUUGACGAGUUCCCAAAAAAGAAAAAGAAACCCACAUACCUGAAGAAUGUAAACCUUUGGAAGGGGAGGGGUGUUUGUGGUUGGUUUUUUUGUUUCUUUUUUUUUUUUUUUAAACUUGCUUCAUCAUUAAAGACUGAGUUGUGGGCAGUGCCUGUGGUAUUGAUAUAUUUAAUCUUGGCAUAACUGUUCUUAAAGAGCUGAUUGUUUUACUUGUGUUGAUAGAACCAGGCUUCUGCAUUUGCUCAGGGUAUCCCAACACGUCCAGCUCUUGGAUUUUUUCCUUUUUUUUUCCUUUACUAAGUGUAUCUCCUCAUUGACUUUUGUUGCACUCUACUUGCACAUACGGCUCUUUACAUUGCACCAUCCUUUCUAAAGCUGUUUUUAGUUUUAUAUUCUGGGUUAGGAGAGGUUGAGGGGAGGGAGAGAAACAGGAAGGGAAAUUCAACCAAACCAUGUCCACCAGCACUCUGCCAUGGAAGGACCAGUUCUUAAACCUCAUCAUUUGGAAUGUAAAAUGCAGUUUCACUCUCCCUGUGCUCCGUCAGGACCAGCCGUUGCUUCCAGCCAGGGGAGAGGCCCCGGGGGUGCUGCAGGGGCAGCAGGAGAUGUGCUCCAGGCAGGAGAGCAUUUGGUAAAUCCAGAGCAAUCCAGGCUGUGGCAGCUUCUUGAGACACAGACAGUUCACCAGGAGCCGGGUCGGUCUGUGAACAUGUCGGUUUAUGAUGCAAGUGUUUUGUGUGUUCUGCUUUGUGUAAAGCCAAGAUUAAAGUCCUGGCUCUAGGAGGGGGUCCUGCAGCCAGGCUGGGCCCAGCACUGGCCCUGCUGUGGGCCUGGCCCAGGGCUCCAGGGUGUAAAGUGCUUGUAAAUAAGGAUUUGGGUGUGUGGGUAGGACUGGGACUGGAAGGCAGCAUUGCACUAGGCAGCCAAUGCUGUUCCUCUCGGUAGUACCAAAUGAUUAAUAGUUUAAACAAUAAGAGCAAAGAUUUCUUUGCUUGUGUCGUGGAGCAGAGGCCGGGAGCAAACUCACUGCUGAGAGCUGUGGAGACUGAGCUGACCCAGGACAGCUGAUCUGCAGCACUGUUACUGAUCUGCUCCUUUCAUUUCUCAAGUCUCUGUAGAUUUAGAGCACUUAAGCACCCCCUCAGUGCAGCCCUCGCUGUGGAGGAGCCCAGGGGAGCUCUCUCCACUCAGUAUUUAUUUUUGCCAAGCUGGCUGUAGGUGUAGCUCUUCCUUCAGUGGGUGAGUAGGUGAAGGGGGUCGGGGGGGGUUGGAGUUAUUUCUAUUUUGUGUUUUGUUAAGCUUGCAUCAAGGGCUUCUCAAGAGUACAAUAAUAAAUCCUCAGGUAGUACUGGGAAUCAAUCCUUUUACCUGUGAGACUGUUGGUCAGACCAGUACUUGAAAGGAGGAAUGUUGUAAUCAGUCAAUAUUUAGUUAUAUUAUUGGAAACAGGAAAAAUGAGUAUAGAAAAAUGGUAAUAUAUAAUGGCUCAUCUGUGUAUUUAAGAUACAUUAUGUGAUUGCUUUGUCCCCACUGUUCUCUCCAGCACGGGCAGGUCCUGCCCUGAGGCACCAUUUGUACCCCUUUGUAUUAAACUGCAUGUGAAGUCUCCGGUGUCCCGAUGAAACACCACGUGCUUGAAAGGUGAAAGAACUUAUAUUUCUGCUUCCUGAUGUGCCCAAAUGAUAUUUGCAUGACCUGAUCCUUAGUGGCUGUGGUUCAGAGGGUGUUGCUGAAAGUCUCCUCGUUCAGCGAUGGCCUGUUGGGUGUUUAUCAGACAAUAUGUACUCGCCUAAUCCUUGGCAUGACUUCCCGUGGGAUCCCGUGUGCCCGGUGGUAGCAUGUUCCUUUCAGCUGAGUGAGUGUAGUACAGACAUUCCAGAGUUUAGUCAGCCCUAUCCACACCUCCCCUGGCCUGGGGGCAGCAGGGGCACCUUUGGAAAGACACGAACCAAACCCCUCCCCUCUGCACAUGUUCCCAAGAGAGAAUAUUUUAAGUUUUUGGUAUGGCAGGAAAACAAAGCCUCCUUCCUUUGAUUCCAGAUUAACUCAAUUGCAAAUGAUUCUACCAAGAGAGAGUUCCUGCAGGUCAUAGACAAGCUCUGAGCAUCCCCCUUUCCACCUGUUCCUUCCCUCUGUUCCAGGUCCAGCUCUUCCCCUGUCCCAGGACACACAGUGACUGCUCCCCAGGCCCCUGAGGUGUGGAUAAGGCUUGGAAUACUGAACUGUUCCCAUUUUGUUUUGCUGUCCUGUACUGUCUGUGGUAGUUGGGGGGUGUAAAUACCGUGGGGGUGUUGGGUAACCUGUUCUUGGAAAUGGACAAACAUCCAUGUUAGACUCGGUAGGACGUUAGUGAGCUGCUCUGCUAUCUGCCUUAAGCAAAUAUUUACUCAUCAGGUCUUUCUUUUUUUACAGAUUGCCAUAGAAUAAACUUUUAUAAAAAAAAAAUUUUAAAAACUCAACAAAAAAGCUGAAUGUUUUGGUAUAAUACAGUUUCAGGUAUCUUGUCUUUUGUGUAAGCCGCUGCUGGGCCUCCCAGGUUAGAGUACAACUGUACAGUUUUUCAAUCUCCCAUACAAGUUUUCAGUUCUCAUUUUAGUUGUAACAAUAAAAUUCUUUUUUUAAAGAAC